UCCCCUCUCGUCUCAUCUCUCUCCCUCCUUUCUCUCUCUCUCUCUCUCUCUCUCUCUCUCUCUCUCUCUCUCUCCCGUUCCUCGCUCCCUCACGCUUUCACACUGAUGAACACGCUGUGUGAUGAUUGCUACAUGUGGGCAACAGUAGAUAUCUCUACACAAGAACAGAGCCACGCUAAACCCGUCGGAUAAAGCAGCUUCUCCAGCCUAAAUCAAAGAGCUGUCAUCUACAACGGCAGUGAACUGUUAAGGCAAAUCAGCUCUUCACUUGUUCCUACAGUGCAACCGACUGAAAGAAACCGCAUUGGACAUUCAGGCCAUGAAAACUAGACUUGGGUGCCUGUCUAACAAAUCAGACUCAUGCAGCGAUUUUUCAGAAUUCCUGCCUCCUGCUCAGGAGAGAUCUACAAGAUACUUGAAGUUAUCUGCUGAUGAAGUGACCAGAUGGGCAGAUUCAUUUGACGCUCUGCUGUCCAAUAAAUACGGUUUGGCAGCCUUCAGAACCUUCCUCAAAACAGAGUUCAGUGAUGAAAACAUCGAGUUCUGGUUGGCUUGUGAGGACUAUAAAAAGAUCAAAUCCCCUGCUAAGAUGAUGUCUAAGGCCAAUAAGAUCUACAAGGAAUUUAUUGAAGUCCAUUCGCCAAGAGAGGUUAACAUAGACCACAGGACCAGAGAGGAAACCAAACAGAGGCUCCUGGAACCAACUCCCAACAGUCUCAAUGAAGUCCAAGCUAAAGUGCACAGCCUCAUGGAGAAAGACUCCUAUCCUCGGUUUAUAAGAUCCAAGAUCUAUCAGGACUUACUGAACAGGACACAGAUAUACUGCCAGAGGAAAUCUGUUUAAAACGGAAUCUUUAUUUGCCUGCCUGGUUAGAUUAUAUUGAGAUAUUGAGCAGACUUUAAAUGCCAUAUAUAGCAUAGUCUGUGUGUUUACAAAAUAAUUAGAUAAGGAUAAUCAAAUAAAAAAGGUCAAAAGACGAACUAGUUCCUUGCUAGUUUGUGCAUUUAAACUUAAACAUGACCCUGUACUGUGCUUCUUUGCCCAGUUAUAUUUGUAACAUGUGGCUAUAAUCUCUCCCUUCAAUUGUGAUAGAAUGGUCGAUGUUUCUUCGGAAUGCUGGCAAGCAUGUAAAUGUAAAUCAGUCUCUAAAUGGGUAAUAUGUAAGAGUAGAGUAUGGUCAUUUAUUUUUCGUAUCUUCAGUGUAACUUGUGUACACAUUAAAACUAAUAUCUUUCGAUAAACAACUUUAGACAUGCCUGCUGUUACUGCAUGCAGCCUCGGCCUUUGAACAUCUCUCAUUGAUUCCCUUAAAAUCUAUAUUUAAAAAUACUUAAAUCCCACACACAUACGCACACUGAAUAUAUAUAUAUAUAUAUAUAUAU